GCUUUGUGAAGACCAGAUCAGACCACAGGGAGACAGAAAAGACUUCCUCACCAAAACUCCAGCAGAGAAAUCCUCAGGAUGAAUCCCAUCAGACGCAGAGAGUCCGUCUGCAGGAAUCUGUUUGGCCCCGUGGACCAGGAGCAGCUGCGCAGGGACUUGAAGCAGAGACUGAAGGAGAUCGCGGAGCAGGACAGCCGCCGCUGGAACUUCAACUUCCACACUGACACGCCGAUGUGUGGCAGAUUUCAGUGGGAGGAAAUCCCCGCAGACUGCGCUGCUGCUGUGUACCAGGAGUCUGCACAGCUGAGGGAGAGAGCUGCCUGCACCCCACAGACUGAGGAAAGUGACAGGUUGAGCGCCUGCCAGGAGACCGACCAGGAAAACUGCUCCAACAUCUCCAACACGCACAAGUACCCCGCUGAAGUGACGCCGGUCCGGAGGAAGAGGACGUACCAAAAAUCUGCAACUAAGCCCAGAAACAACACAAAAAUUACAGGUAAAGAACUAAUCCAACAGAUUUGGUGUUCAUUACAGACAUGUUCGACGAAUAAAAGUGGACUAACCUCUCUAUUUUUUUUCUUUUUUGACAGAUUUCUUCGCAAAGAGGAGGAGGUCGACAGAAACAAAGAGCAUCCUGAAACCUUUCCUCACAAGUUCCAGUGAAGCAGCUGUGUGCAAGACAAUACGAUAGAGCUGCGUGUGAAAAUGGACUUUUCAUGUUUUGAAGCAUAUCUCUAUGAACUGAGCCAAAGCCUAUUCACUGCACCAAAGUUUUUCUUAAUUUAAUUAGAUUUUAUUUCACGUUAUUUUAUUUCAUUUUGUCGUCAUUUUAAGUUCCAGUGAAGUGGUUAAACAGUGCCGCUUAAUGAUAUUUAUUUUAUUUAUGAACUUUUAUUUAAUUUCUCUGCUUUUGCUUGGAUGAUUUGGUAAAUCUGUUUGUCCUCAUUUCCAUCAACGUUGUCAUUAUGUUUUAUUCUUGUUGGUGAAUUUAAGCUGCUUCAGAAUGUAAUGAAAGCACUAUAAUGUCAUGUUUUUGCCUUACCCAAAUUAAAUAAGAUGUGAACCAAAAAGCUUGUGUGCCUACGGAUAUAAUAUGUCAAUAAACUCUUCUUUUAAUGCCAA